UCGAACAUGUGUUCGGGGAUUUAAAGAUGUUUACAAACAAUCCCUGCGAAUCUGUUGUAGAAGCUGUUAUCUGUACUCAAAUCAUAGCUACUAAAUAUAGAAGCUACGUGACAGCUGUAAUAUUCUCAAGCACCCCGAUUGCUUGCGUUUGCCAAGCUGGAAAAGUAGCAGCAUAACAAUGCAAGCUUUCCCACGGACGACAUGUCACUUAAACACCUGGUGUCGCAGACAAUGGUUUCAUCGCACAGUGAACAAACUCCAAGAUUCAAUACCACAACGUACAAAUCCACUCCAAAUUCAAAUGCUCUCUGAAACUUUACAUAAACAAAUUUUCAAAGAAACAGAAAUUGCCGAAACGUUAAAUAAAACUUUAAAGUCUGUGGAAAAUCAUCUCCAAAAACAUGGUUUAUGGAAUCGUGCCACCACAGUUCUUGAUGAUGUUGAUUUAAAACUACCCCCACUUCAAGGCAACUCCAUCGAUGAACAUUUCUACAAGAUAGCUGAACAGCAAAUAGCUGUGUAUAAGUCUAUGGCGGAGAGCCUAUGCAGCUCAGAAACACCACCACUGCCAGAUGAGUGGGUCUACAGCAAGGGUUGGACAAAGUACCACCCCGACGGAUCUACCACAGCAGUGCCGUACCCAGAAGAAACAGCCAUCGUGUUUGAUAUUGAAUGCUUGAUGACUGAAGGACAGUUUCCUACCAUGGCAACAGCUGUUUCAGAUAAAUACUGGUACUCGUGGGUCAGUGAUUAUGUUGUUGAGGACAAGUAUCGCUGGUCUGACAAGCCGACACUGUCUGACUUAAUUCCGCUGGAGACAAAGCGAGGCUCAAAUGCUCCUCCUGGUGGCAAAUGGCAGAAACGUCUCAUCAUCGGUCACAAUGUGGGUUUUGACAGAUCCUUUGUGAAAGAGCAAUAUUAUACACAGCCCAAACCAAUACGCUUUCUAGACACAAUGUCGAUGCACAUCGCGAUCUGCGGGCUCACCAACUUUCAGCGGAUCCUGUACCAGGCAAGUGGGGGAAGGAGCAUGAGGAAGGAGGUUCUGGAACACAAGGAGAAGCAUCAGAAGUGGCACAGCGACACGAGUGAGGACUGGAAGAGGAUCAGUACCAUGAACAACCUAAAUGACGUGUACCAGCUCCACUGCAAGGCAGGGCCACUGAAGAAAGCCACGAGGGAGGUGUUCAUCGAGGGCACCAUGCAGGAUGUCCGGGAUCAGUUCCAGGAGCUGAUGGUGUACUGUGCCAAUGAUGUGCUGGCUACUCAAGCUGUCUUCCGUAAACUCUGGCCACAGUUCCUACAGAGGUUCCCCCACCCUGUGACACUGGCGGGGAUGUUGGAGAUGGGGACGUCGUACCUGCCGGUUAACACGAACUGGGAAAGAUACAUACAACAGUCGAACACCACGUACUCCGAGAUGCAGCGUGAGCUGAAGAACCUACUGAUGUCCCUGGCCAAUGAUGCCUGUGCCCUUUUGGAGAAUGAUGGUUACAAGGACGACCCGUGGCUGUGGGACUUGGACUGGAGUGUCAGGGACUACAAGCUGAAGAAACUAGCUACCAAGUCUAAACACAAGGAUCUGCUUGAAGAGACUUCAGAUAACCCAGAGGAAGAUGCACCUUUCAAGAAUCCAAAUGGAAUCGACAUGUUGACAGCAAAAGAUUGUAUUAUUCAGUCAGAGGACGAGCAAGAGGAGAGAGAGGAACUGGUUGCCAUGGUGAUGUCCACAGCUGGCAGGGUUCCAAAGAACGAAACCUUCAUGGCUGGGUAUCCAGCCUGGUACCGUGACCUGUGUCCGCGGCCUAAAGCUGAAGACUGGUACCCUGGCCCCUCCCUGAUCAGCACCCAAGUGCGAGUCACCCCCAAGCUGCUCCGCCUCACUUGGGAAGGCUACCCUGUCCACUAUAACGAACAGCACGGAUGGGGUUACUUGGUUCCUGGAGAGACGGAGUCCGAGAUGGACACGGAGUUGGCUAGUCAGGACGAUGAAGAGGACCUCGAGGAGGAGGAAAGAAAGUUUCCCUUACAUUCCCUGCAUGAGUUCCUUGCCUCCACCAAGCCAGAGCUGUACGGACCUGACUACGAGAAGAUCAAGCUGGCAGAGAACCCCCUGGGAAGAGGAUUUGAUGUCAACUCCAUGGAGCCGUCAGAGUUGAGACGACACUGGGCUUUAGUCAAUGAGACCAAGCCUCGCAAGCCUUUCACAGCCUCCCCUGGUGACGGACCGUUUGACAUCGGUUUGACUGGCUGUGUGUUCUACAAGAUACCACAUAAGGAUGGCAACAACAAGCGAGUGGGGAAUCCACUGGCCAAGGACUACCUUCUACGUGUGGAGGAUGGAACACUGCGCACAGCCACCGGAGCAGAUGCAGACCGGGUUUUGUCUCUGGGGAAGAUGUGCUCCUACUGGAAGAACAACCAGCAGAGAAUAGAAGGUCAGAUGGCACUGUGGAUGAAGAAGGGAGAACUUCCCAAAAGCAUCACAAGCCAGGAGGACUACGAGGAAGAUGGCUUGUACGGUGCAGUGGUGCCAAGGAUCGUCCCAGCCGGAACCAUCACACGCAGAGCUGUCGAACAAACAUGGCUGACUGCCAGCAAUGCCUAUCCUGAUCGUAUCGGCAGUGAGUUGAAGGCCAUGGUCCAAGUUCACCCUGGCUACCAUUUUGUUGGAGCAGACGUGGACUCACAGGAACUUUGGAUAGCCUCCAUUAUUGGUGAUGCCACCUUCCAGAAAAUACAUGGCUGCACAGCCCUAGGCUGGAUGACCCUGCAGGGAAACAAGGCCGACAAGACGGACCUCCAUAGUAAGACAGCAGAGACAGUCAGCAUCAGCAGAGACCACGCCAAGGUGAUGAACUACGGACGCAUCUAUGGGGCGGGGCAGAGGUUUGCGGAGAGGCUGCUGGUGCAGUUCAAUCCCCGCCUCACCCCCGAGGAGGCCAAGCAGAAGGCCAAGAAGAUGUACAUGGCCACCAAGGGCAAGAGGAGCCAAUCGGGACUAUGGGUCGGAGGAACUGAGAGUCAUAUGUUCAAUGGCCUUGAGAAGAUAGCAAGAUCGGAAGAACCAUUGACGCCUGUUCUGGGAUGUCGAAUCAGCAGAGCUUUGGAGCCAGAGCAUGUUCUGGACGAUUUCAUGACAAGUCGAGUGAACUGGGUUGUCCAGAGCUCCGCGGUAGAUUAUCUCCACCUGAUGUUGGUCAGCAUGCGCUGGUUGCUGGAGACAUUCUCCAUCAAGGGGCGCUUCUGUAUCAGUAUCCACGACGAGGUCCGCUACUUGGUGAGAAGUGAAGAUCGGUACCGAGCCGCCCUGGCCUUGCAGAUCACCAAUCUAUGGACUCGAUCCAUGUUUGCCUCCAGGCUUGGAAUGAAAGAUCUACCUCAGUCGGUUGCCUUCUUCAGUAGUGUAGACAUUGACACCUGCUUGAGGAAGGAGGUUGUGAUGGACUGUAAGACUCCCUCCAACCCCCACGGUCUGGCCAGGGGCUACGGUAUUCCACAAGGUGCUGCCCUGGAUAUUUAUGAAAUACUCAAGAUAACAAAUGGGACGCUAUGUGCCAAGUCCCAGAAUAAGACAGCACCAAGUGGCACGAAGGAGAACUAAGUUUGUCAAUGUUGGGAUGAUUGAAUCAUCUGUUAAUAAAACCAAAAAUGUCUGUUCAACCUUUCACUAGACACCAGCUCUAUGGUCUUGUCAAUGAAGUGUAUACCCAGAGAGCAUCAUACCAAAGACAUUACAAUAUGAAACUUGUUGUUUCCUUGCCUGGUUCCCUCUCACCUCAUCCAUGUAUAUACAGCAUAUGCUGUUUUAUUAUGUGAUACUUAUCAUAAUAGAAUCAAAAAUGUCAUUUGUGGUUGUGUAUAUGGAAUGAUUUGUUUUUGUUGUUGAUUCAAAAUGCAGCCCAUCAGGAAUCCCGUGAGAAUAUAGUUUUAUCUAUGUUGUCGUAACAGGUGACAUAAUGGAUCCAGGGUCAGGUUUGGUGAUUUGGUUGGUCAUGGCAUCAAUCACUGGACUGUCUGGUUCAGACUCUAGUAUAUACAGAACAUCUUAUUAUUGCUGGAAUAUUGCUGAGUACAGCAUUAAAGAACAAUCAAACAAAGUGAUAUGGAUGUAGACCAAGUGUCAUCCGGACUUCCUCCCUCCCUCCCUCAUCAUGAUCCUGUUUAAAAGGGGCAGUGGGGUAACCAGGCAGUUAAAGCGUCCCAUCGUCACGAGGAAGGCCUGUGUUCGAUAUAAUAUGUGAAGCCCAUUUCUGGCGUUCCCCUUUGAUAUUGCUGGAAUAUUGCUAAAAGUAGCGUAAACCCCAACUCACUCACUCACUGAUUAACUCACUCACCUGUCCAAAAUGGUGCAUAACCAAGUUACUCACUCACUCGCUCACCGAACCUGAUGAAUGGCAUCAGGAAUACAGGGGUAGAGAUUUUUGUUUAUGUCAGAAGAGGUCUUUAAUCUCUAGAAGCAUUUAUUCUUGCAACAAUUUCAGUUCUUUUCUUGUUCAUUACUGAAACAUCAUGUGUGAUUUUGUUUUGUCAUUUUAUGUUAUGGGGCUAUCAUCCAAAAAAGUGCAGAUAAAAUAGAAACAACCAUUUUGUGAAUGUUUGUAGUAAAUAAAACUCAGUAUU